UUAUACUUAGAUGUUUUAAAUUCGGUGCCGUGACGGAUGCAUGCACAAAGUUGGGAUGUCUUCCGAGCGUACUUCCCUCGCACGGUAUCGUUUCGUUCUUACUCUCAACUAUGUCGUCUGGUACUGUCACUCUCAACGAUGGAAAUGAGGUAUCGUAUUGAUUAUGAAAGUUUGCAUUACCACGUCAUGACCUGAUCAUAUGCGCUGUGGUGCGUCCCAGUUCCCCACAAUAGCCUUUGGCACGGGAUCCACCAUGAAAUUCAAGGAUGUCACAGACUACGUGAACCAGGCCAUCGAGAAUGGAUUUUCCCAUAUCGAUACCGCACAGCAUUAUCAGACAGAAACCUACGUGGGCCUAGCCAUCAAGGAGAGCGGUCUUCCUCGCUCGAGUCUGUAUAUCACUACUAAGUACAGCUUUGGUGCAUCACCGCGGGAGGCUAUUCAACAAAGUCUGAACAAAAUUGGCCUUUCUUAUGUUGAUUUGUAUCUGGUGCACUUUCCGGCAGUCCUUUCUGACUUUGAAUCUGGGUGGCGAGAAUUUGAGAAAAUGAAGAAAGAUGGAUUGACAAGGAGUAUUGGCGUCAGCAACUUUACUGUAGAGGACCUUCAGAAACUUCUGAAGACUGCGGUUACGAAACCCGCCGUCAACCAAAUUUCAUUCCACCCGUAUAAUUAUGCUUCACACAAAGCUUUGCUUGAGUACUGCACAAAGCAGAGUAUCACGGUCGAAGCAUAUGGAAGUUUGAACUCUAUUACGCAGAAUCCUGGAGGACCGGUCGAUGCGGCAGUUAACGCCGCUGCUAAGCGUAUAGGAGCAACUCCGAAUCAGGUGAUUUUCUCUUGGGUCAGAAGUAAAGGUGUAGCAAUCGUCACGACGAGCCGGAGCAAGGAACGCCUUCAAGAGUACCUUGCCGUCGAAGAUCUUCCCCCACUCACCGCUGAAGAAAUCGCUGCCAUCGAUGACGCUGGUGCUAAAGGCCCUCCCUCCAGGUUGGUUGUUGCGGGAAUUGCAAUGCAACACAAAUUCGAAAGGUCUCCAUCGUUGGUCAUGUGGCUGGCUAUUGCAAUUAUAUUUGGCUUUGCAACGUUCUUCAUGUUCUGA